CGAUGUGUGGACAAUGGCACAGAGGAUCCGAUCCAUUCGGUCUAUAAAUUCUAACCCAAAUUCGCGGCGUAAGAGUGGCAAGGAAUUUAGAUAAACCUGAAAAGAGUUGAGACUGACUUGACUCUAUAGUGUAAAAGCUUGAGAAGAAUGGAUACCUUCCUGUUCACUUCUGAGUCAGUGAAUGAAGGUCACCCCGACAAGCUUUGUGACCAGAUUUCUGAUGCAGUCCUUGAUGCCUGCCUGGACCAAGAUCCAGAGAGCAAGGUUGCUUGUGAGACCUGUACCAAGACCAACUUGGUCAUGGUGUUUGGAGAGAUCACAACAAAGGCUGAUGUAGACUAUGAGAAGAUUGUGCGUGACACGUGUCGUUCCAUAGGCUUUGUGUCCAAUGAUGUUGGCCUUGAUGCUGACAAUUGCAAUGUGCUGGUCUAUCUGGAACAGCAAAGCCCUGAUAUUGCUCAGGGAGUCCAUGGCCACCUCACCAAGCAACCUGAGGAGAUAGGUGCUGGUGAUCAGGGCCACAUGUUUGGCUAUGCCACAGAUGAAACACCUGAGCUUAUGCCUCUCAGCCAUGUCCUUGCAACCCAGCUCGGUGCUCGCCUCACUGAAGUUCGCAAGAAUGGAACCUGCACCUGGCUCAGACCUGAUGGAAAGACUCAAGUCACAGUGGAGUAUUACAAUGACAAUGGUGCUAUGGUCCCGGUGCGUGUCCACACAGUCCUGAUUUCUACUCAGCACGAUGAAACUGUUACCAAUGAUGAGAUUGCAGCUGACCUCAAAGAGCAUGUUAUUAAGCCUGUUAUACCUGAGAAGUACUUGGAUGAGAAAACAAUUUUUCAUUUGAAUCCAUCUGGCCGUUUUGUCAUUGGUGGUCCUCAUGGUGAUGCAGGUCUCACAGGGCGCAAAAUCAUCAUUGACACCUAUGGUGGUUGGGGAGCUCAUGGUGGGGGUGCCUUCUCUGGGAAGGACCCCACCAAAGUGGAUAGGAGUGGUGCCUAUAUUGCUAGACAAGCUGCAAAGAGCAUUGUGGCCAGUGGUCUUGCUAGAAGGUGCCUUGUGCAAAUUUCAUAUGCAAUUGGUGUUCCUGACCCCUUAUCAGUGUUUGUUGACACUUAUGGGACUGGAAAGAUUCCAGACAAGGAGAUUCUGAAGAUUGUGAAGGAAAAUUUUGAUUUCAGGCCUGGAAUGAUGUCCAUUAAUUUGGACCUCAAGAGGGGUGGGAAUGGAAGGUUCUUGAAAACGGCUGCUUAUGGUCACUUUGGAAGAGAGGACCCUGACUUCACCUGGGAGGUGGUGAAGCCCCUCAAGUGGGAGAAGCCCCAAGAGUAAGGUUGCAGUGAGAGUUAUGAUGAGUUGGUUCUUUAGCUGCUUUCAUGACUGAGUUUUUUGGUUUGAUUUUGGCUUUGCCUUUUCUUUUGGGUCUUGUUUUUACCUACUGUAUCUCCACUCUGUUAGUUCUUUGCCCUAUCCAAAAACAUGUUUGUACUGAGCUGAGUAUUUUAAAAAGUUAGGGGACUGUUUAAUAUUAUGUUUGAAACAACUAUCAUUAUAUUCAUUUCUAUU